AUGAAGGAUCUUGUGGAUUGUGAGGGAUUGUCAUGGGGGAGUGCCGUGUUAGCGUAUCUGUAUAGGGAGAUGAUCAAAGUGGCUCUUGUUCAAAACAAAGAAUUCAAUGGUUGUCUCACUCUGCUACAGAUAUGGUCUUGGGAAAGAUUGCAUUUGGGUUGCCCAGAUUUGAGAGAGGCACGUGCUCUCGAUGACCAUAUUCCGUUAGGCUGCAGAUGGAAUGUAUCUAGAUCUUGGCAUACCUCACCAAAGGGCCAUGAAAACUUCUAUAGGAACGAACUCGAUCAAAUGGAGGACGAACAUGUCAACUGGAAGCCAUAUGAACAAGUUUUAGAGUCACUACCAGAUAUAUGCACAGAAGAGCCGGAUGUGUGGCGUGCUCGCGUCCCGAUCAUAUGUUUUGAGAUUGUCGAGAUCCACGUGUCCGACCGUGUGCUCCGACUAUUUGGGCUACAACAACAUAUCCCGGGCCCUGUGGAGAUAAUAGAGAGAAAUCCCAGAAAAGGUGCACAUCGUCAAGAUUGGGAACAUAUUCACAGUGCUUACAUCAGGAGGUGGGAUAACAGGGAAGAACAGUUGGUGAUGGAGAGGGUUGACGCACCUGACCUAGGUGUGUAUUUGCGGUGGUAUUGGGGGAUUACUCGCCGGUGGAUAUUUCAGGAGAACAAAGCCCCUAAGGAAUACAUACCAAGAGGCCCAGUUGAGAGAGAGUUGGUACAAGAGCUCGAAGAACUUUCUACUAUGGCGCAUGAUGCAAUCCGAACGACUACCGAGCCAGGGCCGAGGAACACGUUCCUUCGCAUGAUCAAAAAGAUUCGGUCCGCUCUUCAAAGGACGCGUAAUGCAAGACGAGAUGAACGUGAGGAGCGAGACCAAUUGAGUACGAUCGUCGUCGAUUCCGAGGACACAGGGGCAGGCUCAAGCGGUGCACAUGAUGAAGCUGACGGCUCACAGCAGGCCCAAGUCGGAUGUUCACAGUCGGUUCGAGUCGAUGAGGAUGUCAUGCACUCCCAACUUCACACACAACCGGACGACACAGUCGGUUCGAGUCGAUGA